CGGCGGCGCCGGGCCAUGGAGGCGGAGGGCGGGGCGCUGGGCCCCGGGGAGCGCUGGGCCCCGGUGGGGGCGGUGGCGGAGGCGGACGAGGCGGAGGCCGGGGACCCGGGCGGGCCGGGCUCGCCCCGCUCGCUGCCGCGGCUCCGCGCCGAGCGCCGCCGCCUGCACGGGGCCCUGCUGGCGCUGGUCUCGCACUUCGCCCAGGUGCAGUUCCGGCUCCGCCAGGUGGCGCGGGCCGGGCCGGCCGAGCAGCAGCGGCUCCUGCGCGACCUCGAGGACUUCGCCUUCCGCGGCUGCCCGGCCGCGCUGGGGGACGGGCUCGGGGAGGCCCCGGGUGAGCGGGAGAAUCAGGAGCGAAUCGAGGCCCGGAAGGAGAAGCAGCGAGAGCUAAUCAUGCAGCUCAAAACGCAGCUAGAUGACUUGGAAACCUUCGCUUACCAGGAGGGCAGCUAUGAUUCACUGCCCCAGUCCAUGGUCAUGGAAAGACAGCGGGUGAUUAUAGAGGAGUUAAUAAAGAAGCUGGAUAUGAACCUGAAUGAGGAUAUUGCAUCGCUGUCCCCCGAGGAGCUGCGGCAGCAGGUGGAUGUGGCUGUUGCCCAGAUUGUCAAUCCUGCAAGAGUGAAGGAACAGCUAGUGGAACAGCUGAAGACGCAAAUACGGGACCUGGAGAUGUUCAUCAGCUUCAUUCAGGAUGAAGUUGGAAGUCCCGGCCAGGUGGAGGAUGGACAUUGUGAAUGUUCAGGCAGAAAGCAUGGAAGUGGCCCCUAUAAACCAAAUGCCAGGCUGCCUCCUAGGAAUAACAGAGUGAACCCAGAGGAUGCCAGAAAGAUGCGAGAAACAGGCCUGCACCUUAUGCGUCGCAUGCUUGCUGUGCUGCAGAUAUUCGCUGUCAGUCAGUUUGGCUGUGCUACUGGUCAGAUCCCCCGCACCCUCUGGCAGAAGGACCAGGCCAAUAAGGACUAUUCUCCCUUAAUUAAGAAACUGGAACUGUCUGUAGACCAAGUGAGGCAGCUGGCACUGAAGUACCAGCAGCAGGAUCAUGUGCUCAGCUACUCCAGCAUGCAGGAUGUCUCCUUAGGAGCGAGAGAUGAGCUGACUUUGGCUGUGCGGAAGGAGCUGACCAUUGCUAUACGAGACCUGAUGGCUCAUGGGCUCUAUGCCUCUUCUCAAGGGAUGAGCUUGGUGUUGGCACCCAUUGCAUGCCUGAUUCCUGCAUUUACCUCGUCGCCACAGACCAUGCACCCCUGGGAACUCUUUGUGAAGUAUUACAACACCAAGAAUGGCCGUGCAUUCGUGGAGUCCCCCGCGCGCAAACUCUCCCAGUCUUUUGCCCUUCCUGUGACGGGGGGCAUCACUGUUACCCCCAAGCAGAGCCUGUUGACGGCUAUUCACACUGUCCUCUCAGAGCAUGAUCCAUUCAAGCGCAGUGCAGACUCUGAACUGAAAGCCCUGGUGUGCAUGGCAUUAAAUGAACAGCGUCUGGUCUCCUGGGUAAAUCUGAUCUGCAAAUCUGGGGCUCUGAUACAGUCUCAUUAUCAGCCCUGGAGCUACAUGGCUAACACAGGCUUUGAGAGUGCACUCAACAUUCUCAGCCGCCUGAGCAACUUAAAGUUCAGCCUUCCUGUUGACCUGGCUGUCCGGCAGCUGAAAAACAUCAGAGAUGCCUUUUGAUGUGUCCUUUCCGGAUCAGCCCCCUUGCCCCAGAAGGAAUGUAUUAACUUCCUACCUUAGAGGAGGAGCAUUGUUUGUGAUCAAACUUGUCCCCUUUGAAGCUGAUUGUGGCUAUUAGGGUAGCAAUGUGGUGUCUUGACACUGGAAACCUCCCUUACAAGACUGCCUGUGAGGAAAUGCUGCAGCUGUUGGGUUGUGCACUACCUCACCCAGGCCUGUGCUAAUGCAGCUAACAACAGAGCUGCUGCACCCCAUCUGUUGGUGCCUUGCCACUAUCGCAUGCAUUAGGCGUGAACCACGUCUGAAAUGCAAUAAAAAAGGGCCUGAUUUUACA